CACGUCCCCGCGUUCCGUCAUCGAAUCAGUAAAAAUUCGCUCUUCGGAUGCCCGCACUAUUCUCGUAUCGGUGACAGAAAAUGUAUAUUUAGACAAUUUAUUUGUGAAGGAUAAAUUAAUACCGAGUGUGACAGUGUAGAUCCGAUUUUUUUUUGAGUGUCCAGUGCUGUGAAUGUGGUGAAGAUUUUUUUUUGUAUGUGAUUUUCCGAGAUUUUUUUGCGAGACAAAGAUAAAGGGGUCUGUCGGAGAUAACGGUCUGAUAAUAACCAAAGAUUAUACGUACAUACUUUGCUGGAUUUUGGCAGAGACGCGCGAAAGAACAACGAUGACCUAAAAGGAACGAACGGAAAACUUCAACAAACAAUGAAUAAAUGAAAACGAUCGAAGAUGCGCAAUGAAACUUCGAUUCAUAAGUUUCAAGAGGUGACGGUGAAGAAGAAGAUGUUUGAAAACAUUUCGAAGAAAUGUCUUAUGUUAAAGAGUUUAUAAAUUCUAUAUAAUAAUGUGCAGAUAUAAAGAGACAUUGAAAUACACCGCGUGUAAGGUUGGCGGUCGGAUUGUCAGUGAAACGGAGAUAGAACGAGCGAGAUAAAGGCCACCCCAUAUGGAUCGCGAAAAUUUAACCCACCACGCGGCACUGAACGCGACGGUCAACGCGACUGGCAACAGCACAGUCGCGGAGGCCGACGAUGAUGACCUGACACAGAGCAUAUUCUUCAAGCUGAGGAUGUCAGUACUCCUGCUAAUUGUGAUCAUGGCAGUGCUGGGGAACAUGCUGGUUAUUGUUAGUGUUAUGAGGCACAGGAAACUUCGAGUCAUAACCAACUAUUUCGUCGUGUCCCUCGCGUUCGCUGACAUCCUCGUCGCUAUGGUGGUGAUGCCGUUCAACUUCAGUGUCCAAUUCUACAACAGCUGGCUAUUUGGACCCACCAUUUGCGAUCUAUGGAACUCCUCAGAUGUCUACUUCACAUCAACGUCGAUAUUACAUCUGUGUUGCAUAUCCGUGGAUAGAUACUACGCUAUUGUUAAACCGUUGAAGUAUCCUAUUAAGAUGACGAAGAAGAUGGCGUUCGUCAUGUUAGCAGCAACAUGGCUAAGUCCAAUCACAAUAUCCUACGUCCCAAUCUUCAUGGGCUGGUACACAACCAGCGAUCAUUUAAAAGUGCAAAGAGCUGACGAGUGCGAGUUCAUAGUAAAUAAACCCUACGCGGUAAUAUCCAGUUCUAUCUCAUUCUGGAUACCCUGCACCAUAAUGUUGUUCACGUACUAUGCAAUAUUCAGGGAAGCGAACAGGCAAGAAAAGAAUUUGCACGCCCGAGCUGGAAAUGCGAUGCUAAUGCACAGACAUUCUCGUGAAGUAGGUGAUAAGAAUGGCGCCUUACAUAUAAACGCAACGACUCCAACCAAGGAUAGAAAUAUCCUCAAAAUGAAGAGAGAGCACAAAGCAGCCAGAACAUUGGGCAUCAUCAUGGGUGCCUUCAUUCUCUGCUGGCUUCCCUUCUUCCUAUUCUACGUGUCAACCUCAUUGUGUGACUCUUGUAGAUGCCCUGAAGUUGUGACAGUGAUCAUGUUCUGGACUGGGUACUUUAAUUCAGCUUUGAACCCGAUAAUUUACGCGUAUUUUAAUAGAGACUUUCGUAAUGCGUUCAAGAAUACUCUUGCGUGUGCGUUCUGUAGUUUCUGUAAGAGAAGUGCUUCGGAUCUUGAUGCUUUAGAACGGUUAGAUAGACGUGGUUCUGCUCAACUGAGAGUGCCAGUACCUUCUAGAAGAACUUCAGAUCUAGCAUCACUUUGAAUAUCGCGAAAGUGCGAAGUGACAGCGGUUUAAGAGGCCUACAACAGUCUCAACGAAAUAUUUAAGGACAUAUGUGUACUUACUUCCAAAGUUGAUGUGAUUUAUUUAGAAUCGUCGUGGUACAUAAUAUUAUUUGUAUAGAAAAAUAUACGUACGUGUCGUAUUUAGGCAUUAUUGAUAGAUUUUAUUUGAAAAUGAAUUAAUAAGUCCCGUUUUAGUGGUAUAGAAUAAUUAUUAUAAUUUAGACGAGGGCUUGUUAAUUCAUUUUUGACAAAUAAAAUAUAUAAGUAGAUAUUGUAAUUUAAAUCUCUGAUAAUUCUUUGCGAUUAUCAAUCUGAACCAAAGAACAUUAUUUUUCUACUUUGAAAAUAUUUGGAAUCUGUCUUUUCUAGCACAAAUGGAUGUGUUUCCUUUAUCAUUUUGAUUAAAUAAGUAUAUUUUAUAACAUUUCACCUCUUAUUCACUGUGUAUAGACUAUACCAACUUUUAUCAGAAAUAACACUGUGUACAUCAAACUAAAAUAUCAUUAUUAACUAUAAACAUAAUAAAAAAUACACCAUAAUUAGACUAUGUAUAAUAGCAAUAUCAAAAUAUUAUUACAUCUAAAAUAGAGUCAUAAAUCGAAAAUCGUUGCAAAUAU